AUGGAGGACUCGGACUCGGCCAAGCAACUGGGGUUGGCUGAGGCGGCGGCGGUGGCUGCAGCGGCGGCGGUGGCUGCGGCCGCGGCUGUCGCAGCCUCGGCCGCAGAAACCCCAGAGCGACAGCAGCAGUCGCCUCCGUCGCCUCCGCAGCCCCAAGGAGAGGCGUCCGGCUCGGAGGCGGAGCCCCCAGAGGAGGAGGAGGAGGAGGAGGUGACGGCCGUGACCGUCAUGGAGGCGGACGCAGAACACAUCCAGAUGGGAGCCGAGUCCCUGCCCAGCGAGGACACGGCAGCUGCAGCUUUCGCAGAAGUGACCACAGUAACUGUAGCCAACGUGGGGGCUUCUGCAGACAACGUAUUUACUACAUCAGUGGCAAAUGCAGCAUCUAUCUCCGGGCAUGUGCUGUCUGGAAGAACGGCUCUUCAGAUUGGGGACAGCUUGAAUGCUGAGAAAGCCACUCUGAUUGUUGUUCACACAGAUGGCAGCAUUGUAGAAACUGCAGGACUAAAGGGACCGUCUGCACCUCUUACCCCAGGACCCCAGUCCCCUGCUUCUUCUUUAACAUCUGGGCAAGAAAAAGGUGGAACAAAAUAUAACUGGGACCCGUCAGUGUAUGACAAUGAAUUGCCUGUGCGGUGCCGAAAUAUCAGCGGGAUCCUGUACAAAAACAGACUUGGCUCAGGCGGUCGAGGACGGUGUAUUAAACAAGGAGACAACUGGUAUAGCCCCACUGAGUUUGAAGCCAUGGCCGGAAGAGCCAGCAGCAAGGACUGGAAGCGAAGCAUCCGCUAUGCUGGGAGGCCAAUACAGUGCCUUAUUCAUGACGGGAUAUUAAAUCCUCAUGCUGCCUCAUGCACCUGUGCUGCUUGUUGUGACGACAUGAGUCUGAGUGGGCCUGUAAGACUGUUUGUUCCCUAUAAAAGAAGGAAGAAAGAAAAUGAAUUGCCUACAACUCCAGUGAAGAAGGAUUCCCCCAAGAACAUUACUCUGCUUCCGGGAACUGCUGCUACUACAUUCACUGUUAGUCCUUCAGGACAGAUCACUACCUCUGGCACUCUGACCUUUGAUCGUACAUCAACUGUGGAGGCCACAGCUAUUAUAUCAGAAAGUCCGUCCCAGGCUGAUGUUUUUACUGGUACAACUGUUCAAGAUGCAAAUGUUCAGCAACCUUGCAGGGUCAGUCAUCCAGAGCCUCACUAUCCAAGUUACCAGGAUAACUGCCAGAUCUCAACAUUCCCAGAGGCAGCACUGCCAACUUCUCAUCGCAAAAUUGGUAAGAGUCAUCCUCAUUUGAAAAUAAGCCCCAAACAUCUCUGCUUCUUUAUUUGUUUAUUGGAUUUAUGCUCCGCUUUUCUCCCAGAGAAGGGCACUCAAUAUCAGAACCAGUUGUUUCAACAAACAGAAGAUGUUGAUGGAAAAACAGAAAUCAUCAUUAAGCAAUCCUGUGUAAACUGUGGUCGAGAGGCAAUGAAUGAAUGCACUGGCUGCCAUAAAGUCAAUUACUGCUCAACUUUUUGUCAACGGAAGGACUGGAAGGACCACCAACAUAUGUGUGGUCAGGCAGCCUCAGUUACUGUUCAGGAAGAAGAGGUUCAUGUGACAGACACUGUGAUAGAGAAAGUUGUUGUCUAAAAGGCCUGACCACUCACGUUUACAUGGAUAUUAGUCUAUGGCAGUCUGGCAGGACCUGUAGUUGUGCUGUGAAGUCAUAUCAAUUAAAAGCAACAACAGUGAACUUACCAAGAAGAUAAAAUUGUGAUAUUAUUUGUAUGUUGCUGGUCAACAUAAGACUCUUAUGUAAUAACACAGAAAUGGAAAGUGCAUGGGCAUGAGACCAUGAUGGGACUCCACUUAUGUUAAGGGAACUCAGGAACCUAUCUUUACAAGACUUUCUAUGAGAAACCAUGCAGAACCAAUGAGUGGUUCAAAUGACUGUAAGCAACAGCAGUUAUGGAUGAUUUUGACUCUUUGAAGUAAAUUGUAAAAUUUCUUUAAAAUGAA